AUGGCCGAAUCCAAUAUGAGUGAAGAAAACCAGAAGAAAAUUCCACCUGGACUCUGGAAAAUGUGCGGGGGUCUGCCAUUGGCCAUAGUUAUCAUGGCUGGGCACGUAGCCUGCAACCCAGAUAAAGUAGAGAAUGACUGGAAGGAAGUUUGCACCAGGUUGGUACCGGACACAAUGAUACUAAGCCAUUGCUACAAUGAUAUGCCUGCUGAGAUCAAGACAUGCUCCUUGCAUCUAUGCAUAUUGCUACAAUGGCUAGCAGAAGGCUUCGUCAGUGAGAAGGAUGGGCUGAGUGCGGAGGAUGUCGCAGAGACAUACUUCAAUCAUCUCAUAAAGAGGAAGAUCAUACGUGCUGUGGAGCACAGCAGCAAUGGGAAGGUGAAGAGCUAUCAAGUUCAUGGCAUGGUUCUCGAGUACAUUGUGUCCAGGGCAAGCGAAGAGAACUUUGUCACUGUGGUUGGUGGCCACUGGCUCAUGGCACCGCCUAGCAACAAAGUCCGUCGGCUGUCCCUCCAAGGUGGUGGCUCCAAAUACAAGAAAGGAAUGGAUGGCAUGAACUUUUCUCAUGUCCGAUCUCUGACCUUGUUUGGGAGCUUGACCCGACUGCCUUCCAAUUCAUUGAAGUUAGGAAUUGUGCAAGUGCUAGACCUUGAAGGUUGCAAUGAUUUUAAAAAGCAACAUGCCAAGGAGAUAUGCAAGAUGCUUCUACUCAAGUACCUCAGUCUCCGGAGGACAGAGAUUGACAAGAUACCUAAGAAGAUUGGAAAGCUCCAAUAUCUGGAGACUAUUGACAUAAGGGAGACCAAUGUCACAGAGCUUCCAAGCACUAUCUCCCAGCUUGAACGACUGGUCAACAUACUUGGUGGAAACAAAAGAACACGGAAGGCACUGAAGCUUCCAGAUGACCUGAAGAAGGAAACAAUGAAAUCCCUGCGCAUCCUGUCAGGUAUCGAGAUUGAUGAGCGGUCAGUAGUUGUUGUGGCAGACCUUCAUCUUCUAACUGAACUGAGGAAGCUAGCCAUUUACAAGCUCAACAUCAGAAAGGGAAGUAAGAUUUUCAAAGAAUUAAGCUCAGCAAUUGAGUAUCUUGGUGGCUACUCUCUUCACACCCUGAAAAUAGAUGACGAGUCAUCUGAGUUUCUAAAAUCGUUGAGUGCUCUCUCUUUCCCUCCCAAGUUUCUCAAUGCUCUUGAACUGUCUGGCAAGUUGGUUGAGCUCCCACAAUGGAUCACAAAACUUGAUGCCUUGACGAAGUUGACCCUCUCGGUGACGGUGCUAACUACUGAUGCUUUGCGCCAGUUGAGCAAGCUCAAGACACUGUUUUCUCUCACGUUUUCACUUACUUCAGGAAAGGUGGAUUCUGAAACAGGUGCCACCACAGGGGAAAACAAGGCUGAUGGGGAGAUCAUAGUUCCAGCUAGCGGAUUUGAGGAGCUCAAGCUUCUUCACUUCUCGGCUCCAUUGGUGCCACUGCUAACCUUCCAAAAUAACGCGAUGCCGAAGCUAGAACGGAUCGAGCUAAGGUUCAGCAAUUUUGGUGGAAUGCAUGACAUGGAAAACCUUCAAGGUCUAAAAGAGGUGCAUCUCAGAAUGCAUGACAAAGCAGGUGAGGUUACCAAGUUAAUGGUAAACGAAAUGGCAACUGCAGCUACGGAAGAUGACAAAGGCCCCAGAAUAAUUGUUGAUCAGUAUCACGAGUGA